GACAAACUUGGUCCCCUAGCUUUCAUGCUGGGACUUUUGUAGUGGACCACCAACUUUAUUUUUUCCAGUUAAAAACCAAGUUUUCUGGCUUUAUACAUCUUCCAUUUCAGCUCAUAUGAAUGCUAACACUUCUGAGGUACCACAAUAAAGAAACACUAAAACUGAGAGAGCAAAGGUGUGUGUGCUUGAGGCUUAUCUCUGAUGGGUAACAACAAGUUCAAAUUGUCAGAUAUGAUACCAAAUGCUUGGUUUUACAAGCUGAAAGAUAUGAGCAGAUCAAGGAAGAGAAAUGGUUCUCAUGUUAUGAAGAGUAAAGUGUCCUCACCAACAACAUCCCAAAGGUCGCUGUCAAGAUAUUCACAUUAUUUCUCCACUGAACCAACCAGAGCUGGUAAGCUAUACAACACACCAAUUCACACCAAAGACUUGGACAUACCAUUCACUGAUUCACCAAGAAGGUCAUCCAAAAGAAGGGCUAGGAGAAAAACCAUUUACAAGCCUUCUCCCAAUGUUGUCUCUUCCUCUUUCGUAGCCAGUUCUAGCUAUGAUUCCACAAAUAAUUGGACUAAGCCAUAUCAAAUUCAGUCACCAGACUAUGAUGUGUCUUCCAUUGAAAGUUCUUCUGAAUCUGAUCACCAUGAAUAUGUCUAUUCUGAGUCUGAGUGUGAUAGCUUUUCUGUUCCUGACUUGCUUAAUGGAAUAGCCUCUAAUUGCAGUUGCAGAGUUAGCUCUUCAACUAAUGACAUCAUCAUUGACAUGAACAAUGAAACCUUCCCUGGGAAUUCUGAAAAGCUGGAUGGCUUUGAUACAAUUUCACAGCUAGGUCUUGCUCCAAUAUUGACAAAGCCAAUGAAGUUUGAUGAUAAGGUUAUUGAAGCCACUGAGUUGAGAAGUUCAACUGAAUUGGAUGAGCUGCAUGCUGAUCAGUCUUUCUCCAUCAAAAUUAGCAAAGAGGAAAGUAGUAGAACUCAAAGAAGGCGAAAAAGCAGUCAUAUAGCUCGGAAGCCCUCUUCUAAUUCAACAGGCAUAAAGCUUAGAGUCAAUUCUCCAAAACUAGCAAGCAGAAAAAUUCAAGCCUGUGCAAGAAGGAGUGUAUCAUCCAGUGCUAGCAAAGCUUCAAGGAAUACAGACUUUCCAGAUGGCUUUGCUGUUGUCAAGUCCUCAUAUGAUCCACAGAGUGACUUCAAGGAGUCAAUGGUGGAGAUGAUUGUGGAGAACAACAUUCGGGCAUCAAAAGAUUUAGAGGACUUACUUGCCCGCUAUCUUUCCCUGAAUUCAAGGGAAUACCAUGAUCUCAUUGUUAAAGCAUUUGAACAAAUUUGGUUUGACAUGGCUCAGCUCAGAAUGUAAAGAUUUUAAUAUUA